AUGGCCGUGGAGGGUCAAAGAUUUAUGACCAAGACACAGCACUAUCGCAAGGUCACCAAGCCGCUGCUGGAGCGCAAGCGACGUGCCCGCAUGAAUCUCUACUUGGAUGAGCUCAAAGAUCUUAUUGUGGAUACAAUGGACGCGCAGGGGGAGCAGGUCAGCAAGCUGGAGAAGGCCGACAUACUGGAGCUGACAGUUAACUACCUUAAGACACAGCAGCAGCAGCGCCUAGCCGCCGGCACACCUGCCGCCAUUUCCACGCCCACUUCACCACCUCCAACCCAGCUGAACUUUGACAAGUUUCGCGCAGGAUACACACAGGCCGCGUACGAGGUUUCCCACAUAUUCUCCACGGUGCCCGGCGUGGAUCUCAAAUUCGGCACGCAUCUGAUGAAGCAACUGGGCCACCAACUCAAGGAUAUGAAGCAACAGCUGAGCAGCCCAGUGCCCAGCGAACAUGCCAUCGAACCAGUAAAUCUGGCCAACGGCAACGAACAACUCUCCCUAUCACCUCAAGAGAAUCUAGACAAGGGCGAGGAUGUCUGGCGACCCUGGUGA